GCUGCUGCAGUUUGCAACGCAGACCCGACGUGAGCGGACUGGGGUGGAGGUUACGUCUCUCUAGAUAGAAAACGCUUUGCAAUUGUCAUGUUUUUGGGGCGUUUGGUAAAAAACAGUGAUAGCAGAAAACACAUCGCAGACUGCAGGGAUGGGAAUGAGACUCCUAUUGCACAGCAGUUUUGCCCAGUCUGGAUUUUAAGAGGAGCUUCGUUAGACACAGUGUGUAGAAUGGCUCUGAAUAAAUCAAUGCACCCCAGAAACCGAUACAAAGACAAAGCCCCAGAUUUUGCGCAUCUGGCUUCCAAGUACCCUGAGUUCAAGCAGCAUGUUCACACCAACUUGACAGGCAGAGUCGGGUUGAAUUUCAAGGACCCAGAGGCAGUGAGGGCCCUGACCUGCACUCUUCUCAAGGAGGAUUUCGGGCUGACCAUCGAGAUCCCCCUGGAGAGGCUCAUCCCCACCGUCCCGCUCCGGCUCAACUACAUCCACUGGGUAGAGGACCUGAUCGAGGGGGGCGGCCCGCGGUGGGGCAUCGAUAUCGGGACGGGCGCUUCUUGUAUCUACCCCUUGCUUGGCGCCACCAUGAACGGCUGGUUCUUCCUGGCUACCGAGGUGGAUGACAUGUGUUACAACUACGCCAAGAAGAACGUGGAGCAGAACAACCUCUCUGAGCUCAUCAAGGUGGUGAAGGUCCCACAGAAGACUCUCCUGAUGGAUGCCUUGAAAGAGGAGUCAGGGAUCGUCUACGACUUCUGUAUGUGCAACCCUCCCUUCUUCGCUAACCAGCUGGAGGCUAAGGGUGUGAACUCCCGCAACUCGAGGCGCCCCCCUCCCAGCUCUGUGAACACUGGAGGGGUGACAGAGAUCAUGGCCGAGGGGGGGGAGCUGGAGUUUGUGAAGAGGAUCAUCCACGACAGCCUACAGCUCCAGGGGAGGCUACGGUGGUACAGUUGCAUGCUGGGAAAGAAGUGCAGCUUGGCGCCCCUGAAGGAGGAACUGCGUAAACAUGGGGUUCCCAAAGUUACCCACACAGAGUUCUGCCAGGGCCGCACCAUGCGCUGGGCUCUGGCCUGGAGCUUCUAUGAGGACGUCACUGUUCCGUCUCCCCCCUCUAAGAAGCGGAAGCUGGAGAAGGCUCGCAAGCCCAUCACUUUCACAGUCCUGAGCCCCACUGUGAGGGAGCUGACCGGCAAGGUGGUGUCCAUUGGCUCGAGCGCCACGAGCAGCACCGAUGUGGUCACCACCUGGGUAGAGAAGACGCUCUCCGACCUGCGGGUCCUGCACAAGCGCGUGCCCUGUGGCAAGUCUGAGGUGAGUCUCUUCCUGACGGUCGUCGAGAAUUCGUGGAUCCACAUCCGCAACAAACGAAGGGACCGCGGCCGGCAGCUGCGAGAGGUCCCCAGAGCGCCACCCAGUGGUGGCAACAGCACACCGCAGAGCAGCGAAACCAAGCAACCAGAAACGCCCACACCAGCACAGACCACAGAAACCGACAGCAAAACCAACACAGAGGAGUCAGAGGUCAUAGUGUCACCGCAGCCAGAGAGCAGCAGCAGCAUUGCUGGAGCUCAGGCCUCGACCAAUGGGAACAGCCCUGCCGCUAACCAGGAGAGUGGCACCGAGGAGGUAGAGCAGGCAGUAGAUAACGCUGCCUGCCUGGAACAGGGACUGGAAAACAAAGUGGACACUACUGCCAUUGCGCCACUGUCUGCAGGGCCAGACAGACAGGAAGCAGCAGUGGCGACUGUCACCACUGGGGAAGGAAGCAGUGGCGCCCAGCACUUCCUGUUUAAGUGUCUGAUGAACGUGAAGGAGGAAGGCAGCGAUGUCGUCGUGGAGAUGCACUGGGUGGAAGGGCAGAACCGCGACCUGAUGAAUCAGCUUUGUACCUACCUGAAAAACCAGCUGUUCAGACUCAUGGUGAGCCCUUUGUAACCUCAGUCCUCGCCCGGGGCGGUCCUCGCACCAGCAAAGGCAACCUUUCGUAAGAAAGAGGUUCUUUGUUUUGACUGUGUUAUCGUACAAUCCUUAUUUUUUUCCUUUAAAGGCAGUUGAUUUUUAAAAGCUUCUUUCAGAAAUGUUAUUUUUAAAUAAAUCCUUUUACUAAAGGUAAUAUGUGAGAUUCUCUUCAUUCCCUGCGUGAUGCAUGAUUGGUUUUUCACACUCAGUUCCUUUUUAAAAUCAAUUUCCAAUUCCUUCAAAGGAAUUGAUAUUUUAAAGAUCUAUAUUAAUUGUUCAGCUGCUUUUAUUACAAGCCAAUUUAAUUGACUAACGGGGACAUUGAAAUAAUGUGUUGCCGUUGCGAGAAGCUCAUUUCAACAGAAUACUGCUCGUUGCAGUUUUGAUCAGUGAUGUGUUGGAAUUGAUUACAAGGGCUUGGGAAUUGGAAUUAGGAAUAGCUCUUCAAAAGGAAUGUGAAUUGAGUCCAGCCCUGCCAUGCACUCAUUUUUACAGCUGGGGAGUGGAGCCUGGUGCUGGAGUUUUCACCAGGUUACUGAAAUCCUGGCGAUAGACCAGCCAACAAGAAGUAACUGGUCCGGGUUUGCAAUGGACUGAAAAAGACGGAAGAUUACCCAUUUAAAAAAUGUAAAAAGAGUUCUAUAUACGUAAUGUACAAUAAAAAAAAAAGUCUGUGCCAUUA